GUCACCUGUGGAUGAUGUUUUGUGUGUGUGGAUAAAUGAAUUAGGUUGAAAAUUAAACGUUUUGUAUCUAUGUGGUGCUUUCUAUGUUUGAAGUUCUCAUCAUUCUGAAAAGGCGCUACAAUUUUGCAUGCCAGUGUGCGGAUCAAUAUCAGCCACUGCUUGAUGUUGCCUACAAAACUUCGACCUCCUCCCAAGGCUACCUGGUGAAUGGCCACUUCAACUUGAAGAUUGACCACUAGUGCUGACUCUUGGUUGUGACUGAAGAAACAUGUAUCCAGCAUAUUCAGGAGAGAGAAGCUUCCUGGACAAUGUGUCUUCUGAUCGAGAUGUCCCGAUGUCUGCAAGUCUCGGUGCGCCUGGGUUGAUAGUGCAGAGUUACGUGCAUCUGCAGCCGUGGGCACCCGGUGGAUAUAAUCAUGUUGUUGGGCUGCCUCCUCCACCAUAUUAUGAAAAUACUGCCCAUGGGUACCCUGGAAAUGACGAAUAUUCUCACCAUCUGCCAGAAAAUCCACCAAAUUUUACUUCUCUGCUUCAGACUGCCUAUAAUCCAGAUUUUUUAGAUAGUUAUUCUUAUAGAGGUGCACCAGCUAAUGACCCACAUACAGCAGCAGGGCUGGUGGAUAUAGAGGACGAUGAGAUAUUCGCCGGCGCCGGCCUGGGCCGCGGCAGCUCGCAGCGGCCCGGCGCCAGUGGCAGCUCGGAGCGCGUGCCACCGCCACCCCUGCGUCCGCGCGGCGUCCACAAGAGGAGCCGGUACGACAGUAGCGGUGAGCCGGGCCGCGUUCGGCCGCCGCCGCCGCCGCUGCUCGCGCCGCCCGGUCACAUCAAGACUGAACGGACGGCGGAGGCCGCCGGGAUCGGCCGGCCGGCCGCUCCGCCGCCGCCGCCUCCGGCACCGGCCGAGCCCCAGCCAGGUCCGUCGGGCACGGCCGGGCCCUCGGCCUCGGCCAGGGACGACGCUCCGCUGGCGCCCGAGCUGCAGCUCGACUGGUGCUCGGACGAGUCGGAUGACUCGGCUGAUGACGACUGUCAGAUCGAGUGUGUCCGCCCGCCGGCCAGGAGUGCGCCCGUGGAGGUGGUCGAUCUGACCACGGAGGUGGAACCCAUGGAGGUCGGCGGCGCGGGAGCGGCCCCGCCGGCGCCGGCGCCGCCGCCCGCUCGGCCCUCCUGCAAGCGCGCUGCCGCUGCCGCUGCCGAGACGGAGCCUCCAGUCGGAGUCGGAGCCGCUGCCGCCGCUGCUCCUGCCCACACUCCUGCGGCCGAUCAGGCUCCCGCUGCCCCUGCUCCUGGCUCCGCUGCUCCAGCCGCCCCUGUAGCUGCGGCUCCCGCUGCCGCCCCUGCCGCUCCUGUCGCUGCCGCCGCCCCUGCGGCCGCCGCGGCUGCUGCAGCUGCUGCCGCUGCCGUCAUGGCAGGGGAAGAGCGCAGAGGCACCUCUGCGCGCACGGAGCCGGUGGUGGUGCGCCGCGGCUGGCCGUGGCCGGUGCGCCAGCAGGGACAGCCGGCCGCCGAGCCCGGCGCUGCAGCCUACUCCCGGCCGCCGCCGGCCGCCCACGGGGGCCAUGGCGCCGCGGCGGCCGCCAGCCGGCCGCCGCCGGCGCAUGCCAGCCGGCCGCCGCGCCGCUGGCAUGGCUGCGGACACGCCGGCGCGACGCAGCGGUGUCGGCAGCCGCCUCUGGUGGCCAACAACCCGCCGUGCCCGGCGCACCGCGGGCCCACAGUCGGUCGCGGCACGCCGGCCGACCAGUACCAGCUGUUCACCCCGGCGGCCUCUCCGUACCCCCAUCUGUACUACCGGACCCACCUCCCGGCCUCGCCGCCUCCGCCGCCGCCGCCGCCGCCCCCGCCCGUCCUGGAGCCCAGUUCAGUCAACCCGCGCCACUACCGACUGUGGCACCAGCAGCAGAGGAUGACUGAGGCGCUGCGCGCUCAUAUGGACCUGCACACCAGGUCCCGCGGUCGGGCCACCGCCAGCAGCGGCGGACUGGCCGCCGGCCCGGAGUCGGAGGCGGCCGGUGCCUCUGCGCGCCGCGCCCCGCCGCCGCCCGCCUGUCCGUACGCGGCUCCCGUGGUACACUCGCACGCCCACUCGGCUCCCAUGCUGUACCGCUGGCCGCCGGCCGAGCCGGAGCAGGAGCCGGCGGCGGCCGGCGGCUCCCGCCUGCCGGAGCCGGGAGCCGGCGCGGAGCCGGGCCCGCCGCCGAGCUGCAGUGGCCCGCCGCCGCCGCCGCCGCCGCCCCACCCGGUGUCCGGUCACCUGCCGCCCAUGCCGGCCACGCCGCCCGGUCUGCCGGCCUACCCGGCCUACGUGCUGCCCACCUACAUCAGCGCCGACUCGGGUCUGCACAGCGCCUUCAGUCCGUAUCCCCCGGUCCCGAUGGGUUUCCACGGCCUACACAUCUCCAUCUCGCCCCUGCCGGCCGGCCAGCUGCUGCAGCGGCCCACGCUCUCGGCGACCAACAUCGACGACCACUACCUCUACCUCAUGUCGCAGCUGGAGUCGGCGCGUCACGGCGGAGCGCAGCGCGGUGCCACGCGCACCCAGAUCGAGCGCAACACACUGCCGCACAGAUACAAGCUGCAGAAGUCCCGGGCGGAGACGGCCGAUGUCGAGAAAUGCACCAUCUGUCUUUCCGAGUUCGAGGAUGAGGAAUGCGUCAGGCGUCUGCCCUGUAUGCACCUGUACCACAUCGACUGCGUCGACCAGUGGCUGGCCACCAACAAGCGCUGCCCCAUCUGCCGUGUCGACAUCGAGGCCCACUCGAGCAAGGCGCACCUGGGUCUGUGAGAGCGCCGGGGUGGGACGGGUGACGGGACGGCGGUGGGAUCUCUGCCGACGGGCGGCGGUGGGUGCUGGUGGUGGGUGAGGGAAUGGGUAGUUGAUUAUGAAGGAGGGGUGUUCACUGGCCGUCGGUGGUCGCGCUGGGUCGAGCUGUUUAUCGCUGGGAGAGCGGAGGGCCCGGGCGGCCUCGGUAGGGAGGGAGCGGUGGCUGGCUCGGAGCCCGCCGAUCAGUCGAAGUGUCGGUGACGGCAGACGGUCGCUCGGCUUCUCCCGUGGUCUGCCUGAUGGGGUGAUGGCGAGGCGGGACGGACUGGGCCGGGGACCGCGGACGGGCGCUCUGUGCAUCACCUAUAGCCUGGUCUGCCGGUGAUGCAGCGAGGGGUGAGCUUACCCCCCGCGCCGAGCCGGGCGCGCCAGCGGCGGCUGCGGACGCUGCUCGAUCCACGCUCUCUCUGCUUCCCCUCAGCUCUCCGCCACGGCGGAUUCGGGCCGGCGAGCUGCUGACAUGCAUUUGAGCGCUACCGCCGUGUCCCCACUAGGCUACCAUGUUAUGGCUUGUAUUUUUGUGUAAUUAUAUAUUAAUACGCCUUUAGCGCCUCUCGUAUAUCUGAUCUGAGAAUGCUUAUUUGAUCUGAAAUAAUGUGUGAAUCAGGUGGUUAUCGAUUAGUUAACUGGCGGCGCCAUUUUAUGCUUGACUGUGAACAUGCAUUUAUAAUGUUAGGUGUCCUAUACGACACCUAUAGAGCCCGCUGCGCUUCCACGGCUCUGCACCGCUCCGUAAAGCUCUGUUCACUCGGCGCCAGGGUGUAUGUUAUCCCGUUGAGGUGUGUGUAUAUCACCCCUAUUCGGUCUGGCACUGUGUAUAGGGGCACAUAUCGGGCCCUGCCCAGCUAACGGUCCGAUGAACAGGCGUACGCCGAUCACUGUAUCCGUGGUCCCGGCGUGGUCCGACCGCGACGGGGGACCUAAUGGUCCGUGCGGUCUACGGUCCGUCGGUCUCGCUGUCUGCGCGCCCGCCUAGGAUUGGUCCAGGCGGCAGGGCGGUAGGAAGCCGAGCGGGCUGUAAAUCUCCCAAAUCCCCGCCCACCGGCCAGGAUGGGUCGUGUUUAUGCAUGGGCGAUUGUUUGUGUGUUUGUGUGUGCUGUGUGCGCUUAUCGGUCGUCUUAACAGAGAAUGUAUGUAGUAUUGUGCGGCCGACGGAGGCGCCGCAUGGCUCCAAUACAAUAAACAGCACCUGGUUAAACCGAA